CUGUGUGAGGGGAAGGAGUGCAGGAGCGGAGCUCUCCCUUGGGGCCUUUAUCGCUGCUGUUACUGCUUGGAUCCGCAUCUGCCAUAGCUGAGAUCUCAUUCAUUCCUCGCCAUGUUGUUUCGAUCUGUGGUAAACAAACCUCGCUUGGGCUGCAGGCAAAGGGGUGUCCCUUUUACACACCCCCUUCAGUCUCUGCUACAAUGUUAUCAAUGUGCCAAACAUGAUGAGCAUACUUCGUAUGGGGAGUUGGGUGCCGCUGUUCCACCUUUCGGAUGUGCCUUUAGUACAGUGCCGGACAUGUCUCAUGUACUUGCUGUUGCCAACGAAGAAGGCAUAGUCAGGCUGUAUGAUACAGAGUGCCGGGAUGUACAAAGGCUUGUUGUGAAAGAAUUCAUGGCGCACACUAAUGCUGUUUUUGACAUUGCCUGGGUGCCUGGGGAACACAAGCUAGUUACAGCUUCAGGGGACCAAACUGCAAAGCUGUGGGACGUGAAGGCUGGGGAUCUGAUUGGAGAGUGUAAAGGACACCAGUGCAGCCUGAAGUCUGUUGCCUUCUCAAAAUUUGAGAAAGCUGUUUUCAGUACUGGAGGAAGAGAUGGAAACAUCAUGGUGUGGGACACUAGAUGCAAUAAGAAAGAUGGUUUUUACAGGCAAGUGAACCAGAUCACUGGUGCACAUAAUGCCCUUGACAAGCAGACCCCUUCCAAGGUGAAGAAAAGGAAGCCUUACGUCAGAGGUCUCGCUCCUUCAGUGGAUUCCCAGCAGAGUGUGACUGUGGUAAUCUUUCAAGAUGAGCACACCAUUAUCUCGGCAGGAGCAGUGGAUGGUAUUGUCAAGGUUUGGGACUUGAGGAAAAACUACAGUGCGUAUCGGCAGGAUCCUGUGCCAGCGAAACUCUUUCCUUAUCCAGGAAAUAGCACCCGCAAACUUGGUUACUCCAAUCUUGUACUCGACCCAACUGGCACAAACCUGUUUGCGAGCUGUACAGAUGAUAAUGUGUAUAUGUUUAAUGCAACCGGUCUAAAGACUGAGCCAGUUUCCGUCUUCGGCGGUCACCAGAAUUCCACUUUCUACAUAAAGACCAGCGUCAGUCCAGACGGGCAGUUUCUUCUCAGUGGCUCCAGUGAUCAUAGUGCCUACAUCUGGCAGGUGUCUGAUCCCAAGGUUCCCCCUGUCACCCUGACGGGACAUUGUCAAGAAGUCACCUCUGUAGCUUGGUGCCAGUCAGACUUUACAAAGAUUGCCACAUGCUCUGAUGACAACACCGUGAGAGUAUGGAGACUGAAGAGAAGUAGCGAGGACUCUGCGCAGUCGGAUAAAACCGAAACUGUUGGUUGGGCCUGCCAAAAGAAAUGUGUACCGCCUUCUAUGGCCGCAAACCUCUGUACGCCUGGGAAGCCUUCAAUGAUACCAAGCAGUUCCCUGAUGUCUUCCCCAACACCAGCCACGUGUGCCCCAAGUUACACGGGAGACCUGCCAAUGCCCUCCAGCACUCCUGUAUCUGCCUUGUUGCCAAUUCCUAAGCUGCAGACUCCACAAAGGCUGAAUGGCGAGGGUUUAGGAGCAUCUCCCAAACAGACGUCCUCUUCAAAAAUUUCAAUUAAGGACUGGAUCACCCGCACUCCCAAGUCAUCCACACGGGCUGAUACAAAGACACCCUCUCCCCGCAAAGCCUUCACCCCCGUGGAGCAGUACCCAAGCGUAUCAAGUACAAGGGUACAGAUGCCCUAUGAGAAGAGGGCCAAGAGGCGCCUGGAAACCAGCAGCGAAGAUGUGGAACAUGUCUGCCUUGACCAUUGCAACUGUGUGAUGGAGUUGGAGCCUGGGCUGAAGAAAGCAAAACUGGACUUGUGUUCUUUCAGUGAGAAAGAGAGAGACGGCAGCGAUGAUAAAUGCCUGAGGCUUUCAGACUUGAGUAGGGGAUUUGACCAAGAAUUCUCUCCCGGUCCGUCAACAUCCUUCCUUAUUAAUGGUACAGUUAACCCCCCUCUAAGUCCUCUGUCUGAGUUGAAAAGUGACUUGCGAGACAAAGAAAACAGUUCCCCAGAGAAAAACUGGCUCUCUGCUUUAGGGCACAAAUUCAAGUCGGACAAGUCUUCCCCUCAGAAUAAAGCUGCCAGCAGCCCCUCCUCUAGGAACAGCACCUCUAAAAAACAUCCGACAAGGAAUGCUCCCAAUUCACCAGUAUCUGUACCAACGACCCCCGGCUCAAUGAGAAAAAUCUGCACCUACUUCUUUAAGAAAUCCGAGUAAGAGUGAGCCUGUAUGUUCCGCGGCGUUCCGUUUCACACAAGGAUGUACAUGUUGCUGCUUCGUUAUUUGCUCCAUAGAGAAUGUUUUAUAUAUUUAACAUUUUAGCACUUUUUUCCAUGACAUAGGACACUAAAUGUGGGUUUUUACAAUCAAUUAUUUUUAGUUUACUAAUCGUCCAAGGGAACUGCCUUUAACAUCCCUUACAUAGGGAGAUCUGCCCAGGAGCGAAUGUUAACAAUGUGUUUGGGGAAGGGUGGCAAAAAAUCUCUGUAAAUAGUUUUGAUAUUUUAAUACUUUAUGUGUAUGUAUAGUUGAGUCAUAUUGUAAAAAUAUAACUUUUUAAAUACAGAUUAUAAUUCGGUA